ACGUAGUGCAGAAGAAGAGACGGAUUGAGUGUAUUCACCUCGUGUAAUCAUGGGCAACUGGGUAGUGAACGAAGGAGUCUCCAUCCUUGUCAUCCUGGUAUGGCUGGGACUCAAUGCCUUCCUCUUUGUGUGGUACUACCGUGUCUAUGAUGUUCCACCAAAAUUCUUCUAUACCCGCAAGCUUCUUGGAUCCGCCCUGGCCCUUGCAAGAGCCCCUGCUGCCUGCCUGAAUUUCAACUGUAUGUUGAUCCUCCUUCCCGUCUGUCGAAAUCUGCUGUCCUUCCUCAGAGGAUCGAGUGCGUGCUGUUCAACGCGUAUCAGGAGGCAAUUGGACCGGAAUCUAACGUUCCACAAAAUGGUGGCAUGGAUGAUCGCGCUGCACACUACAAUUCACACCAUUGCACAUCUAUUCAAUGUCGAGUGGUGUGUGAAUGCAAAAGUCAAUAUUUCUUCUGAUGACUAUUCAGUAGCGCUCUCUGUCUUUGAGGAUGGAGGAAAUAAUACCUACGUGAACUUUGUCGCAGAUAAAAUAGAGAACCCCUUGGGUGGUCUGAAAGUGGCCUUCACAUACCUGGCUGGUAUCACUGGAGUGGUAAUCACCUUGUGUCUCAUACUAAUCAUUACGUCAUCCACCAAAACCAUCAGGAGGUCUUACUUCGAAGUGUUCUGGUACACACACCAUCUCUUUGUCAUCUUCUUUAUCGGCCUCGCUAUCCAUGGUUACGGUCGGAUUGUUCGUGGGCAGACGGCAAUGAGCUUGGAGGAACACAAUCCUGAAAUAUGUUCUGAAAAUAUCACAUCCUGGGGAAAAAUUCCCAAAUGUCCGAUCCCUCAGUUCUCUGGAAACCCUCCCAUGACAUGGAAAUGGAUUGUGGGUCCCAUGAUUCUAUAUUUCUGUGAGAGGUUGGUUCGAUUUUGGCGAUCCCAGCAGAAAGUCGUCAUCACAAAGGUGGUCACUCAUCCCUUCAAGACCUUUGAGCUGCAGAUGAAGAAGAAAGGCUUCAAGAUGGAGGUGGGGCAGUACAUUUUUGUCAAAUGUCCUGAAGUGUCCAAACUCGAGUGGCAUCCUUUCACCCUGACCUCCGCCCCGGAAGAAGACUUCUUCAGCAUUCACAUCCGCAUCGUUGGAGACUGGACAGAGGGACUCUCCAAUGCCUGUGGCUGUGACAAGAAGGAAUUUCAGGAUGCCUGGAAGCUGCCUAAAUUAGCGGUGGACGGACCCUUCGGGACAGCCAGCGAAGACGUGUUCAGUUACGAAGUCGUGAUGCUGGUUGGAGCCGGAAUCGGCGUCACGCCCUUUGCCUCCAUCCUUAAAUCCGUUUGGUACAAGUACUGUAAUGAUGCGAUCAACCUGAAACUCAAAAAGAUCUACUUUUACUGGCUGUGUAGAGAUACGCACGCCUUUGAAUGGUUCGCAGACCUUCUGCAGUUGCUGGAGACCCAAAUGCAGGAAAGGAACAACGCGGACUUUCUUAGCUACAACAUCUAUCUUACCGGCUGGGAUGAAACUCAGGCAACCCACUUCACAGUGCACCACGAUGAAGAGAAGGAUGUGAUCACGGGCCUGAAGCAAAAGACCUUGUAUGGGAGACCCAACUGGGAAAAUGAGUUCAAAACCAUCGCAAGUCAGCAUCCAAGUUCCAGAGUAGGCGUAUUCCUCUGUGGACCCGAAGCCCUGGCUGAUACCCUCAACAAACAAAGCAUCUCCAACUCUGACGCCGGCCCUCGAGGAGUUCAUUUUAUCUUCAACAAGGAAAACUUCUAACGUCGCCACUCUCUCCCGGCAAUCCGGGCGAGUCAGGAUCAGUCGAUCAUGACACCGUAAACAAGAAAACUUAAUUGAUUUUUUUUUCCUUUUUAUGCAUUACACAGUCAUGAUUUCUCAAUCAGAUCCCACGUUCUGAAAAGGAGAACAAAACAUUCCUUUUUCAUUUAAGUGAUUAGUGUACUUUUUUGGUCUUUAUGACUCCUACAGCAUGAGCAGAAAAAUGAUCUCUGUACGAGCCAGUUUAUCGUGAUCCGUGGUAUUUAUUGAGCACCUAUUAUGCGCCGAGCACUGUACUCAGUGUUCGGGCGAGUACAAAGCUAGGUAAUGACUGGUUCUGCCCAGCCCAUGUGAGGUGGAGGAUUGAUUCAGGUGUUAUUUGUUGGUGACAACUCAAUUGGGAAACUGUUAAAAAAAAAAAAAAUCGGACCUAAUUUGGAGUCAUACGGAUGAGGUCAACCAGAUAAUUGCUCACUUAUAUAUUUUUUAUUGUUUUGACUGCUGUUUGGGCUCUUGGACCUUUCCAUCAUUCCAACCACGCGGUGGUUACAAUUCUGCUCCCUGAAGUGCCAGAUCAAUCAAUCGAUCGUAUUUACUGAGCACUUGUUUUGUGCAGAGCCCUCAGAGUGCAGAAAAUAGCUUAAGUGGGCUGGAAGAGAAGCAGAUGGGGGAGAAUAGAAAAGGGCAUUAGGUAAAGACCUCGGAAAAAUCAUUUUGAUUAUUCUAUAAGAAAACCCAGUCUUUCUAUCACACAGACAAGUAAUCCCACUUCUCCCAUGAGAUGGAUCUUGUCUUUGUUUAACUCCCCAGAUGCCGCGAGAACUUAUUUACCUCCAUGCACAAGUGGAGAUAGAAUACAGACUCCCCUUCACCCUCACCAGAGUCAGAGUGCCGUGGAAGAGGAUGAAGCCAUGUCUGUGUGUUUUCUAGGACGUGCAGGUCUUUAGGGGCAUCUGACACAGAGUCAGCGGCCAUUAUUUUACUAGCGCUUCCAAAGGGAGUUUUUUGCUUUCUUCAAGAUCAAUGUGUCUAUCCCAGCAACCUGGUCUUCUCUGUUUCAACGACACUCAGGUCUCUCAGAGCUCGGGCCUGGGAGUUAGAAGGUCAUGGGUUCUAAUCCUGAUCUGCCACUUGUCUGCUGUGAGACCUUGAGCA